AUGAGUAUAGUAAAGCAAGCUGAAUUACCUAAUUUUCGCUUUGAUGUAAAUAGUGUUAGUAGUCGAGCUUUGAUAAAGCCUGUAGAUCAAACAAUUUCUAUUAGUGGUCUCUCAGGUUCAAAUGGUACAUCAGGAAUAUCGGGAAGUUCUGGAUACCGCGGUGGGUCUGGUUCUAAAGGUGGCAAUGGUACUAAUGGAUUAGAUGGUAAGCCUGGUCAAUCUGGUACAGAUUCUCAACAUGCAUUGAUUCGAUUACAUGGAACAGUCGAAAAUUUAAAUGUGCAACUAAAAAUAUUUCAAAAGUUGGACAAUUUGUUUGAGCCUUCCCUUAAUGUUCGCUUGAAUUCCUCCGAUGUCCCUAAUGAAGCUAAUUAUAAUUUUCAACUGGCUAAAUCAAAAGGAGUUAUUCUUGUUGAGGCUGUUGGAGGCAAUGGUGGGGAUGGAGGACAAGGUGGAAGAGGAGGAAAUGGUGGGAGCGGAGGAAGUGGUGGUAAUGGUCGAGAUGGCUCACCGGGAUAUAGCGGUAGCAACUGGGCAAAUGGUGGAGAUGGACAAAAAGGCGGUUCUGGAGGUAAUGGUGGAUCUGGAGGAAAUGGAGGGAAUGGAGGAAAUGCUGGUGCUGGUGGUGACGUACAAGUUCGAAGUAUAGAUCCUCGACUUUUUAUGUUGAUUGAAAUGGAUUGUCGAGCAGGAAAAAAAGGCAAAGGAGGUGAUGGAGGACAAGGUGGCAGUUACGGGAGCGGUGGUUCAGGUGGACCUGCCGGAUACGGCUUGUCGCCAGGUACCAAGGGUAGAGAUGGUUCUCACGGUGACAGCGGCAGCUCUGGUAUCUCAGGUAGUAAAGGUACUGCUGGCAUCGAUGGUUGUCCUGCAAGCGAUGGUUCGAUUCAAUACGUUUUAGUUGAUGCAGAUGAUAAUAUUUUGGAGACAGGUUCUGAUAAAUAUCAUGCUACUGUUUGUUGUUAUAUUAUCACGGAUGAAAAUCAAGAUGAAAUCUACGAGCCCGACUCAGAUAUUUUUGUCACAAAUAUUAAGUGGACAAAUAAUGGUGCAAUGAUUUUACCCAAUGGAUCUGUAUUGUCAAUCCGAUCUACGAAAUAUAUCUCUAAUGAUAUAAAUGAUGUUAGUGUAUUGACUAGUGCUAAUAUUAAUGAAGUCUUAUGUGAUUCACAUCGUUUCAAAUGCCAUAUAAAUUCUAUAUCUGCUCUUCCGAUGAAUCGGUCAUACAUUCAACCCAUACAAAUAACAUCAGAAAUUCAUCUAUUGAACCGUCUAUUCACUGGUAGUGAAGUUUCAACCACUUUAAUCUGUCAAUAUCCAAUUCAAAUUACAGAUAUUCUAAUCCCAUCAUAUCUAGGUCCAAACGAACGAGCCAUUGUAACUGUCAAUUUUACUAAUAUAUCUUCACGAUCAUACGGAGCAUGCUUCGAUUCAGCUGGUUCUAUAGAAUUCAUACUAUCUACGCAUUCUUUAAUUAAAAUUACACCGAUGAAUGAGGAAUGUUUUUAUCAAAUAACUUCUGAUGGUCGUGGUAUCUAUAAGAUAAAUGAUAGAGUUACGCCCAAGUCAAAAAGAAGUAUCCGUUUUGAAAUUAUUUUAGAUGCCGCUGCUAAGAAACAAAUUUAUGAAGACUUAUUUUGGACAAUAGACUUAUUAUUACGCGACGUAUUAAUUGAAAGACAUACAAAUAACAUUCGUGUUAUUCCUGUAUUUAACCCGAAUGUACAUACCGAUAUACUCUUAGUUACUAAUUCUCAAUUUAGCCGAGCUGAAUUUCUUGCCUAUGAGAACUUAUUUCAAUUAUUCAACUAUUCAAGUCAAAUUUGGGAUAUUGAAUGA